GUUCGUUAAAAAAAUGUUUAAAAAAGAAUUAUGUUUUUAUCUUUUCUCUCUUCUUCUUCUAAGUCAAAUAUCGACCGAUAAAACAGUCUACUUAACCGCCCAUUGGUGACGCAAAUUUGACUUUAGUAAAUGAUAACGACGCGGCUGCACGCUGCACCUCAAGCCCUCCUGUGGGCGAAGUGGAAAAAAUUCAAUGGUUUUAUCUCUAGAAAUAAAAAAGUGCGAUGCGGAAGUACUUAACAUUAAUAUUAAGGGCUCAAAUUUUCAGAGCCCAAUGCCACAAGAGUGAGUUUUGCUCUGAGUUUUUUGUGCCUUGUUCCCAAGACAAUUUAUACACGUUUUUUCGUGUACACAGAAGAAUUCACUCUUGCGGAAUUAGGCCCCUGGUUCCGAGAAAAUCAAACAAUUUUUUUUUUUGAAACACCCGUAGAUAACUAUUUAAAACCCUAGAAAGCUAACCUUCGUCAAAAUGGCACACAUCGAUCAAAUAUUUCUCUUUCCCUUUCUUACUGUUUGACUUACAUAAUUGUGCUUUCGCGCCAACUCAGUCGCCGGUGGUUUCUCUCGCGUGGUGGAUGUGUUUAUCUUGUAAGUGUUAUUGUUUACUAUAGCCCAGUUCCAUUGGAGGUGGCAGUUUACUCAUGAGUAGAUCUAGUACUAGAAUUAACACAUGAUCUUCUACUCGAGGAGAUAGGAAUGUGUAGUUGUUGUACUAGAUUUCUACUCACGAGUAAACUACCACCUCCAAUGGAACAGGACUUAUAAUACGCAGUGUACUCGUCAUUUUGACGAAUGUUUAUCUUAUGUGUAACUUUUACAAAUUUAGUUUGUGCUGAUUUGUGUUUCUUUUUUUGUUUUGUUUUUAUGUAGUACGCUCAUUUUUGAAUAAUGGCUGCGAUGUCGUUUGUUGCUGAUGAGAGAAUUGUUCCUGAGGAUGAUGAAAAUUUGUCAAAUGGUGAGUUUUCUGAUAGUGAAAGUGAGAAUGGUUUGUUGACAGACGACGUACAAAGCGAUGUUCAAGACGAAGCUACUGACGUUGAAGAUGAAGAAGAGAAUUCUGCAGUCUCCAACUCUAUUGUUAAUCUGGCGCAGUCUAAAAUUCGAGGCAAGAACGGUCACAUUUGGGCUACGAGGAAUUGACAAACAUCUUCUCGAACCUCCGUAAUAAAUAUUGUCAGAAUGGCUAGAGGACCAGCCCGUUCAAUGAGAAAUUAAACAAAUCCUGUCGAUAUUUUUGAAUCGUUCAUCACAAAGGAAAUUUGCGAAGAAAUUUUAAAAUGGACGAAUUUUGAAAUUUCUAUCAAGAAACAAAAUUAUGACAAAAAAUCCGCAACCACUAAAGAUUUUUGUAUGCAAGAGCUGAAUGCUCUCUUUGGUGUUUUGUUGUUAACAGCAGCUUUGAAGGACAACCACUUAACAACCGACAAGCUAUUCAACACAGCUUUUUGUGAAAAUCGCUUCCUUGCUUGUAUGAGUCGAGAAAGAUUUGACUUUCUAAUAAGGUGCCUAAGGUUUGAUGACAGGGAAUUGAGAGUACAAACCAUACGGACGGAUCCAUUUACACCUAUCCGAAAAAUAUGGGACUUAUUGAUGGUACAAUGUCGGUCUUAUUACAUCCCUGGAAGCUACCUAACCAUUGAUGAACAAUUGCUUGCAUUCCGCGGUCGAUGCAAAUUUAAAAUGUACAUUCCCAAUAAACCGGCCAAGUACGGUCUAAAAAUCGAAAUGAUGUGUGAUAGUGGGACCAGAUACAUGGUUGAUGCCAUUCCUUAUCUUGGGAAAGGAACAAACACAAAAGGCAUGCCUCUGGCGGAGUACAUUGUAAAGGAAAUUACUCGCAGUAUUCAUGGUUCUAACAGGAACGUAACCACUGAUAAUUGGUUUACUACAGUUCCUUUGGCAAAACAAUUACUGCAGCAACCAUACAAAUUGACUAUUGUCGGAACCUUAAGAGCCAACAAAAGGGAAAUCCCCGAACAAAUGAGAAACAACCGUAGCAGGCCAAUCGGAACUUCUAUGUUUUGUUUUGAUGGACAACUUACUCUCUUAUCAUAUAAACCAAAGCCCAGUAAAAUGGUUUAUUUGCUGUCAUCGUGUGACGAAUAUGCCAAUGUCAACCCGUCGCGUCGUCAAGAAAACCAACGAUGA